AUGGUCUCCGAGAAGCGUCUUAAUCCUCCCGUUCUCGUUUCAUGCAACGAUGGCUUCAUACGUUACCUCCACUGUCCUCCACUCGCCAUCGUCGUUGUAAGCAUGACCACACCUUCCGCUGAUCCCGGUAAAUCCCUGCAUGUUCAAUUCAGAUGUGUAUACGCAUGGCGAUCCAGGGAAUUGAGCUGA